UCAGCCAUGGAUUCGUCUUUUGGAAAUUGGCAACUUGCACUCGAAACUUUGCUGCAUAAAGCUAAAACUGAGAAUGAUUUAAUUAUAUUUAAGAACAUAAAUAACAAUUACGAUCGCGUUAAUUUUAUUCUUGAACGAAAUUAUCUAAAUUUGGUCCCAUGGCUGUCGGUGUACUUUGCUAAUUGUGAAAAAAUGAACAGGAAAUCAAGAGAGAAGUCAGUUUAUUAUCGCAAUGCAGGGAAUAAACUAUUCCAAAGCAUGCAGUAUGCUGCUGCUGUUGAGGCUUAUAACAAGAGCAUCCUGUUUGCCCCUGUGUCAAGUUCAGAGCUAGGUCUUGCUCUUGGAAACAGGUCAGCAGCUCUGUUUCACCUUGAAAAGAUUCAGGAUUGCCUUGCUGACAUAAAUUUGGCUCUUGAAUGCCAAUACCCAGCAGAGUCCUGCUACAAACUCCAUCUGAGGAAAGCCCAGUGUCUGGCUGCUCGCAGUCAUAUAGAUGAUGCAUUGUGUGAGUUAACUACAGCCGAAGAAAAGCUGCAGAUGAACAUAAACCAUCUUAAGAAGAAGUCAUUAGAUCUUGCCAGACAAAACAUUAGGGAACUGAGAAAGAAGUUGUUGGAUAGCAGCACUACCUUGGAGGUGAAAUGUGAUGAUCGAGAAGCUACGUGUUGUAUCCCAGAUCUCUCGUACGGAGCGAGCCACAAGAUUCCUCACGCAUCAAGUGCUAUUAAGAUCAUGUACAACAACAAAGAAGGACGAUAUCUUGUGGCGACACAAGACAUUACGCCCGGUGACUGCCUGAUAGUUGAAAAACCGUUCUCAGCGGUACUGCUGCCUGACCACUACCAGACACAUUGUAAUCACUGUGUUGCCGUUCUGACCUCGCCUCCAUUCCCUUGUAGAGAGUGUUGCCGGGUACAGUAUUGUUCAGAGACAUGUCGAAAACUGGCCUGGACCGUGUAUCACCACAUUGAAUGUAAAUACAUAGACCUGCUUCAUUCAAUCGGGAUUGCUCAUCUAAGUUUAAGGACAGUUCUUGUUGCUGGCUCCAAGUAUUUGAAAGAAUUUCUAACUGCCAGAGAAGACUCAUUAAGGAAGUGGGAGACAGGGUGUGGUUGUGGGCUGUCUGAGGUUUAUGAGCAGGAUUACUCAGCGGUUUUCAACUUGGUUUCUCACUCGGAAGAGUUGCAUGUUGAUGACUUGUUUCAGUAUGCUUUGACUGCAUCAUUGCUUUUAAAAGUGUUGAUUCAAACUGGAUGGGCAACUGUUUCAGAGACUGAUGAUUCAGACACUGAACCCAUAAAGUCCUCUUCAGAUGAUCGUGAAUACUCCCCUGUAUCUGACAGUUUACCGACUGACUGUCUCCUCUCACCGACAUGCCCUGUUAAUAAAGAUAUUGUCUUGCUGGGCUCAGCGUUACUGCUUCACAUUGAGCAGCUGGUGUGUAACGCCCACGCCAUCACAGAGCUGCAGGUGUCCCAGGUGUGUGACGACGACAUUGUCGACACCAAGAGUCAGGUGCGGAUUGCCACGGCCAUCUACCCGACUGCCAGUCUCAUGAACCACGCAUGUGAUCCAACCAUUAUCUCUAGUUUUCAUAAAGAUGUUCUUGUGAUUCGAGCAGUAAAACCUGUUGUUGCUGGUGAAGAAAUAUUCAACUGUUAUGGUCCACAUAUGAGGAGAAUGAAGUAUUCAGAAAGACAGCAAUGUUUGAGAGAUCAAUACUUCUUUGAAUGCAUAUGUCCAGCAUGCAUUCAGCAGAAGGAUCAAGAUAGGCAGUUUGAGGCGUUCAAGUGUGGAAGUUGUGAUGGAAUGGUUAUAAAGUCUGUUGAGGGAUUCCAGUGCUCUGACUGUCAUCGGGAGCUGGACGUCACAAACCACAGUCAGCAGUUGGAAACUGCAUCACGACUCUUUACAGAGGCAUUGUCACUGCUGGAGCAAUCUCAGAUACGAGGAGCAGUGAAACAGUUUAAAGACUGUCAGGACAUUCGUCAAAGAAUUUUGUACAGGCACCACAAACAGUUGGCCGAGGUGGAGGAUUGUUUAGCCAGGUGUUAUGCCAUGAUAGGUGAGUUUGACAAUGCAUGUCAGCACUUGAACAGGAGUGUGGCCACCACCAGAUUGAUCCACGGUGAAAACAGCAUAGAACUGGCGUACGAGCUCCAGAAACUGGCAGAAAUCUUGUUCAAUGCAAGGAAAGUUGCUCUCUGUUUGGAGACAAUUGAUAAAGCUUUGAAGAUUUUUCGUCUUCACUUUGGAGAUUCUCAUUCCACAGUGGAUGAUCUUACUGAGAUGAAAGAAUGCUUAGACAAGUAUUCACUUGCUGCAUGCAACAAUAAAAACUAAUGCGUAUGAA